CUGUCAGUGGUUACCUUGAAAGUCAGGGCAAAGCUCAGAGGCACUGAGUUAAGCACUGGGGAACAUUCACUCAGGGAAUCCAAUGUCUUUUCAGCUGAUUAUACUGGAUAAACACGUCGCUAACUUUUGGCGAUGAAGGUAGUCAUGGAUCAGAUUUGUUGGACAGUAGUGGCGGAGUUUAAGUGGAUUCAGAUGAAAAACAUUUAACGAUGGCAACUGCUUACCUGAAAUUCCUGUGACGGACCAGCAAGCAGGAAAAAUGGGAAAUGCCAUGCGAGGAGUCAUCGCCUUCAUUCCAUCGGAACGGUGUCAACGCUUCCUAGUGGGGGACCUGAAGGAGAUGCCACUUGAUCGGACUCUGGACCUGAGUAGCCAUCAGUUGCGCCAGUUACCUGUUGCUGUUUGUGUGUUUGAUGAGCUGGUGAAACUCUACCUGAGUGACAAUAACCUCAGCAGUUUGCCCGAUGAACUCCACCACCUGAGGAAACUUCAGCUCUUGGCUCUUGACUUUAACUGCUUUGAAGAGCUGCCUGCAGCUGUCUGCAGACUACCUCAGCUUAGCAUCCUUUACUUGGGUAACAACAAACUCUUCCACCUCCCCAAGGAACUCCAGGAACUCAAGGAACUUAACACCCUGUGGCUGGAGACAAAUUGCUUUACAGUCUUCCCAAAUGUGGUUUGUGAGCUUUCCAAUCUCAAGACCCUGCACCUUGGCUAUAACCAAAUACACUGUUUACCCGAUGAACUUACCAGGCUGGAAGAGCUGAGAAGUAUCUGGCUGGCUGGGAACGAGCUAACGGAGUUCCCUCCAGUGUUGUUGGAAAUGCACUUCCUCGCUGUCGUUGAUGUGGAUCGAAACAAAAUCCACCGCUUUCCCAAUCUCUCACACUUGCAGGGGCUAAAACUGAUCAUCUAUGACCACAAUCCCUGUGUUAAUGCCCCAAUGGUGGCUGAAGGCGUCAGAAGGGUCGGGCGUUGGGCAGACUGCUCAGAUGAUGAGGAGGAAGAUGAAGGUUCAAAAGCCAAGGUCACAGAGAUGGAGGCAGAGGAGGAGAUCGACAUUUAAGGUCAAGCGACAAAGUGACAUUCAGCUGUGGCGAGGCCUGGACGGGCAGGACGUCACUCAAGUGGAUCACUUGAAGCUCAGUGGUGUGCAGCGCCUUCAUACCAUUGAUAGUUGAGCCAUAUAUGGGAACGCAACAUGUAACAUGUUGGUUGCAAAGGAAAAAGUGUUCAUAAAUCAAUGAUUGUAGCUCACCAUAGGCCAAGGAACCAUAUUUAGUAACCACUGUAUAUAAGUUCAAAUGAGUUCACCUCAAUAUUGCCAUCGGCGUAUCAGUAAAGAAAGGUCAUGUAACUGGAAAAGAGAGAAUUUAGUAUAUUAAAAGUAAACUGUAUUACACUGUUAUGUACCUACAGUAUAUAUUGAUGAUUAGUCAUACAAAUCUUGAAGGACAGUUCACUAAAAUAAAUGUCAGCCUUGAAAUUAUAUUAAAUAUAAGUGAUCAAAUGUAUUUA